UGUAUUGUAUAUCAGAUUGUAUAUUUGUUGGUUGUUUUGCAGCUUUAGUACUUGCAAUUGAGACUCGAGACCACUCUCGUUGUCAUGUCUGCUGUUGAUGCCGUGACGGAAGGUACAGAGAAUCAGCCCUCUACAGAAUGUGUGAUUGAACAUGACACGCCCCAGUCUAGUCUCGAAAUGAAGGAGGACCAGGAAAGCUCUAGAAGUCCGGAUUUAUCUAUUGGAAUAGAAACUGCGGAUAUAACUGCUGACGAUAAAGAAAGGAGCAGCAUCUCAGAGGAACUUGCUGAAAUUAAAAAAUCCAACGAGAUAGGUUCAAAUGAAACGCUAUAUCAUAACACCAGAGAUAAAGAUGAUAUCAAAGCAAAAAAUGAUGAUUUAAAGGCAUCUUUAAACGCAAUUUUUGCGAGAAAUGAAAGCAGAAAUCAGAUAAAAGAAGAAAAAACUAAAGAAGAUGCUGCUGAGGAAGAAGAAAAGAAAGACAAAAUUGAAGAUUCUACAGUUUUGAAGAAACAAGAAUCUGAGGUAGGGAAGAAAGAAGAAGAUAAAAAGAGUGAUGAUACCUUUUCAAACGUGGUACCUGAUGUAAUUGUUGAAGAAACAGAGGAGGAUCUCAGUCAAGGCAUGAAGAGCAGCGAGGAAAAGAAACCUAGAUUUACGUUUUUUAAGAAAAAUAAGAAAGCAGCCGAGCUCUCGUUAGACUCCGAAAAGAGUGACAAUGAAAGCAACCAAUCAGGGGGAUUUAACCGGCGCAACAAGAUGUUCAACCCAUUCAAAUCAGUUCGCAAAGCAGUGAACAAGUACAGAACCACACGGCGGCCCGCGCCUGAAGUGGAAGUAACACCACCGGUUAUUAUAGAGCCUGAACCGAUAGACCCCGCCAACUUAGAGGAAGUUAGACAGGAAGUUUGUGUGGUGGAGGAUAUCAGGAAGAACAGACCAAAAGGCCCUCAGGGUCGGAAGAGGAGGAGCAUGAGACCCAUUUCCACUGCUGAUGGAUCACAAGCUGGUACCCCUGUUGAGGCACAGUUGGAGGACAUGUUAAAUGGGAACACGGGGAGUCGGUCUAACAGUGUGGUUAAUGGGAACAGUCUGUCUGUUGGUCACGUGAAGUGCAAAUCUGUCAGUGAGUCUGUCAGUGAAAACGGGCCGGGUCACGAUCCUCCAGAGUCAGAUUUGAUGAAGUCUGAUGUUGGUAAUUUGGCAUCUAGUUCACAAGAAACGGGAAACACUGGUCAGGAAAAUGCUGAAAGCAGUAAGGAAUGUAAGAAGGAAUGUGAUGAGAAAGAUAUCAGUGUCCAAGGUGCUUCCUGCAUCAGCGGACUCGGGGAUCUCUCAAACAUCGGCACCAGUGAGGAGUCUUGAGAAACCCUCAUUUUUACUGCCUCAAAAUAGACAUUAGUUUUAUAGCUUGUACAUGAUGGUAGUUUAAUUUCUAGAAAAGUCUUGCGUUCUGAUGGAAUACAUUAAGGUUAGUGCGUUUGAAGAGAUCAAACAUUAAUCAUCUAGGAAAAACUAUGAGUAUUAGAAAAGUUAACUUAACUAAUACUUUCCUUCAUUAAUUUGUCUAUUGUUUAUCUUACUGCCAAAAAUUAGUUAACACUUUUUGCUUUGCUACUAUAAAUUGUGAAAUUAUUAUGAGUGAUGACGGUAAAUUAGUAAAUUGAGUCAUUUCGUUUGCUUGACUACGGGAAAGUGUAAUUUAGAUUUUGGAAACAAUGCCGCAUGCUGUAUCUUUUAAAUUUUGUUAUAACUUUGAUAAUUAAAGAUAAUGAUAAUUAUGUGUUACAUUUUGCUAUUUGCUAUAUAACCUUGAUUAGUAAGGCAAUUGAA